CAGACCAGCUGGUGGCGCUAUAAAACACCAACGAAUAAGAAGAAGAAGAGCCGACCUACCCGGAAGACGCGUGAAGGUCUUAGAUAACAGUUCCCUGUUGUCUGCCUGGUGUCGAUGUGAAAAUGGGUGUUAAAAUAGAGAUGUUUCGAAUGAUGCUGUAUCUCUCCUUUCCUGUGACCAUGUUCUGGAUCUCCAAUCAAGCAGAGUAUUUUGAAGAGUACAUAGUUAAGAGAAAGAGAGAGAUCUUCCCACCUGACGAGGGAUUGCAAAGGAAAGAGUUUGAGGACUUCAAAGAGCGAAUGCGUGCUCGUAAGGAUAAGCAGCGAAUAUUAAAAGAGAUUUCUAUGGAGUCUGAGAAUUGAGGAUAAUGUGUUGCAGAAAUGCAUAAACUCCCACCACCACGGAUAGAGGAUUAUCUGGCAGUGUUUUGGGGGCAAAAGAAAACUGGUCGGACUGGAAUAAGAUCAUGACACAUAUGGCAUCUCUGAGAAGUUAACACAUCCCAAAGGUGUGUUGGGCGGUUUCCAUGGAUUAAAUACGCCUAAUAGGCCUGUUUAAUUUACAUGUGUGACUUUUUUUUUUGUCUCCCACAAAAGACUUUUCAAAUGCCAAAAUCCUGUGUGUUUAAAUGCCUGAUGACUUGCUGUGAUUGCACUGUCAUAAAGUAAUUAUUUGAGUUAUCUAUCCAGCUGGAUCUAAUGUCAUUAUCAUAAUUUAUUUUUGUGAGGUGCAGUGCCUAUAAAAUGUAUUCACCCUCUUGGAAUUUUUUUUCCAUGUUUAAUAUUUUACAACAUUUUAUCACAGUGGAUGUAAAUGGGUAUUUUUGAUAUUAAUCAACAAAAACAGACCUUAAUACCAAAGCGUAAAGCAAAUCUCAAUAAACUAAUUUGAAUUGAGCACAAACAUAAAACACAAAGUAACUGAUUGCAUAAGUAUUCACCCCCUUCAUAUCAAUAUUUAUUAGAGGUGCAGAUGGCAGCAAUAUAAUACCGCCUAUGAUAUAAAGUCUGGGAAGCUUUAGCUUUAUGUCCUGGGUUGUCUAAUUGGAAAAUAAAAUUUCCCUUUAAGUCAUAGUUCACUUACAGACUGCAGCAGGUUUUCUUCUGUGAUUUGUCGCUGCAUUCAUUGUAGAUGAAAAACAAUUUGCUGCACCAGUGAUGAUUUAGUCCUGUGAUACUAUGACAACAAAUCUGUUUAUCACUGUUGUAAAAGUCUAAUUACAUCCACUGUUUGUAUAGAAAGUUGAGGGGUGAAGGAAAUUGAGGCACCGAUUAUGUGUAUACUUGUUAACAUGUCAUUUUAAUGCUGUUUUUCAUUAAAGUUAUUGUUGAUUUUGUUUCA